AAGAGCUAGUUGCUUCUCUGGAAGAUAUUUGCGUCAGAUGGGUUUGCAAGAACAUCCUUUUUAUCACAGAAAAAGUCACUUGCUCGGAGCCUAAGAGGAGAUGGCGCAUUAAAGACUUUUGGAUCUCGGCCAGACCUGCGCAAAAGAUUCUUCUCCAACUUUGUAAAAGAAACAUCCUCGAUGACGAAAUGCUUCAUCUGUUUACUCCGGAAUACGUUGACCUUAUCUCCCCUUCAAUUAAAGAAGCCAAUAUUGGGCACUACGCUCUUCGUAUUCUAAGAGAUUUUCGUCUGCUGAACCUUUCUGCUACCAAUUUGGAACGCGUCAACUUAAAUACAAUCAUUGGAUGCCUGGGAGAGUGGACUGUUAGAAACCUUAAAAGUCUUAAUAUUUCCGGGACUUCAGUCCUCUGCGAAACUAACCUCCCCAUAGUCGUUCCCUUGGGACGAUUUAAGAGCCUACAUAUCCUUAACGUUAGCCGCACCGAAUUUACUACCCAAUGUCUGCAAAUUGUUGUUAAUGAUCUUCCUAAUCUUCGACAUCUAAACGUCUCCAGGACCCGCGUUGUUGAUAUUUCUGCCCUUGUUCUAAUAGCAGAUCGACUUACUGGUUUAAUUAUGCAUCGUCUUGACUUAAGUGAGCCCCAACAUGUUGAUAAUCUCUUAUCAAAUAUAAUAAAAUUGCACGAGCUCCGCCAUCUGGAUGCCUCGGAUAAACCAAGGGGUCUUUAUAAUCGCCAACCGGCUGUUGAUCGCCUCUGCUCUGGAAUUUGCCUGCCAUAUCUUACACAUAUUGAUCUUUCGGGAAAUCAGUUUGGCUUAAGGCUUGAAGAUGUGAUGAGCCUCAUGUAUGCCGGAUUUGCAUCAUGGAAUCAGAAUCAAGAGCGUGUUUUAAAUGGUAUAUAUCAGCUUUCUCUUCAGCAUCCUGACAUAACGAUGCUUGGUGACCGCGGUGAUGCUUUGCUACUCGCAACACUCACUCGAAACAAGGAUCGCGCUGUUUAUUUACAAAAUGCUUUCCACAGUAUCUUUGAGGCCACUAAUACUGUUGGCUCAGUUAAAUCAGAUCUUCUUGCUGCCGUAAUCCGUGUUAUGCGGCUUCAUUUACGUCGGGCAGAGAUGAUUCUAGCAGGAACCGCCGUUAUCUAUAAUCUGACCCGCGGAGAACAGAGUAAUCAUUUGGCGCCUAACCUGCUCAACCGAGCUGUGCGUAUUACUCUGGCUGCUAUGGAAAAGUUUCCCUCUCAUAGGCAGUUACAGAAAAAUUGUUUCCUGACACUUUGUAAUGACAUUGUGCUUCAUCGAGCGGUAGGUAUUUUUAUACCUGCUUUUUUAAGAAACUGUUUGAAGUCUUUUCUGAAAAUAUUCCCAUCGACCUCGAUAGGAAACUGUUAUAGCUAUAAUAUUCACCAUAUACUUGCAUCUUAUGUAUUUUCUUAG